UUUUUAAUUGAUUUCUUUUUAAUUUUAUCCUUUAACAUUGAAUUUAUUGGAAAUUGAGUUUCAUUAUUUAUUUUGAUUUGCUUUCUAUGGAGUUAUCAUGGUCUUAUGAUUCAAUAUAUAGAUUGUUAGGUUAACUCGGUUUGACCUGAAUCAAUCCGAUAUGCUAUCGUCUCAAUGUUUAUAAAAAUAAUUUCAUCUUAAAUAUAUAUUUUGAGUCAAAUAUAUUUUCACUAAUCAUCUAGGUUGUCUUUAAAUCUAUCAAGCCGACUGAUUUAUAUUGAAUCAAUCUCCACACGGUUAAAAUUUUUUUUUUACUAGAAAAAACAUUAGUGAUAUGUAGAUAUUUUUUUACAUUAAUUUUAUUUUAAUUCGCAGCAUAGCAUGAGCCUGAUUAGUUUGAACUAUAUAUAUGAUAUCAAGUAAACUCACUUAGCACUCUAACUAAGUUUAUAUGAGAGGAAAAAGUUGAAAUAUAUAUCCAUUAUGCUGUAUUUAAAAAGAUAAUUUAAAUUGAAUGUUUUUUUUUUCAUGCUUGCUAAUGAUAUAUUUGUAGCUAUGAUUCCACGAAUUGAGAUAUGAGAACGAAGCUACCAGUGAAGUGAAACUUCAAAUUACUGUGAUAUGGAACCAUAUUUGAUGGAAGCCAAAUUUUUUUAAAUAUAUCGAGCAACUUUUUUGGGCAUUUUCCUGUUUGAAAAUGUAUAUGUGAACUGUUAGCAGGCUGAUUUGUUACCAGAUCAUGAAUGCAGUUCUUACAUGUGAACAAGAUUCAUUAAAGAGUUUCAAUUCUUGACAAAGAUUAAUAUAUAUUUUUUUAAUCAAAACAAUUAGCAAGACUUUCUUCAAAACAAAUUUUCCUUGUUGAAAUUAAAUGAUGCCACAACCGUGUCUUGUGUCAAGUGUCAAGUUAACGAGGAAAGUGUAACGAAAAGUGAAAAAGUGUAUUCAAGACUUGACAUGAAGCUUCCCCACCUCUUCCCCUUGUUGUUAUCUGCUCGAAGUCAAGCGUUCUAGGAUUACAGAGAACCAUAAGGUUAUAUGGAGUCAAGAGCAACGAGAAUUGAUGAUUUUGAUAUGAGAACAAAUGCGAGUACCCUGAGAAGAAAGGGGAAAUCGUUGCUAAAUGGGGAAAGUUCAAGCCAGAUGAGAGGAGAGGAGGGAGUUCCCGAAGGCCAAGCAAGUCCAACGUGGUCAAGCCUAAGUGGAGAUGAGGACCGAGUUUCUGUGCCGACCGAAAUCCUACGCUACGAGGAGGAUUUUCCUGAAGGCCAAUCAAGACCAUCAUAUGCGAACCUAAAUAGAGAGGAGUACCAAGUUCCUUCUCCAACUGAAAGCCUAUUGCAUGAGGAAUUUCAGCAUGAUUAUCCGCUUUUUUCAGAUCAACAUUCUUUGAAACUUAUUCAGCGCCGUCUUGAGGAAGGGCGUGGAAUAGAAAGACAAGGAGGCCGGAGUUCAUCCAUAUGCAUCUUUCCAUUUCCUCGUAGCUUUGACAAAAUAAAUCCUAACGCUUACCAACCUGAGCUCGUGUCAUUAGGCCCUUACCACAGGGGCAAAGAUCAUGUACUGGAGUUUGAAGACCACAAGUGGUUCUUCCUUGGUAAGCUUCUUUCUCGAUCAAGAACUGAUUUAAGCAACUAUCUUGGUGCAUUAAAAUUAAACGAAAGGUCCAUAAGAGACUGCUACUCAGAGACUAUCUCUAUGUCAAGUCAUGACUUUGUUGAAAUGAUGUUGCUUGACAGUUGCUUUGUUCUUGAACUUCUCCGAAAUCUCAACCAUAGUGAAGAUAUGAUUGAUGAGGGUGACCCCAUCUUCACAAGGCCUUGGUUGAUCCCGAUUCUAAUCAGGGAUCUCCUUAAGUUUGAGAACCAACUUCCAUAUUUCCUUCUCCACUUAAUAUUGAACUUGUCUGGCGGUAAUGGAGAUAUAAAACUAGAACCAGAUCCUCUACCGAUACUUGCAUUAAAAGCCAUUGAUCUAGUCUUUCCAAGACGUGCAGAAAUCCUGAACAAGUUCGGAUCCUGGCAUGGUAAGCAUUUACUUGACCUAUUCCACUUGAGCCUCCUUCCCACAGAUCAGGUCAUCAUUUGCAUUGAUUUAGAGGAAUAUCAUCCAUCAGACCAGUCAAUUCAAGGUGUCACGCAGCUUAGGCCAUCAGGAAUCAAGUUUCGUCCGAGAAAGUGCGAUAGCUUCCUGGAUAUAAACUUCCGAAAUUGUGUACUUGAAAUUCCAUCCGUCACCAUUAAUGACUUCACAAGCACCGUCCUCGUAAACUGUGUUGCCCUAGAACACUGCGAGGAAAAGAGAUCCAAAUACUUCACCGAUUAUGUCUCUUUCAUGAAUUGUCUCAUUAACCAACCGAGAGAUGUUACUUUUCUUUGUUCAGAAGGGAUCAUCACAAGAUUCUCCCAAGAUGACCAAUACGUCGCCGAUCUCUUCAACACUCUAGGGAAAAAUGUUGCUUUCAAUAUUCGAGAGUGUUAUCUCUCCAAGAUAUUCAGAGAAGUAGAGUCAUAUUACAGCAGCAACUGGGCAACAAUGAGGCGAACUUAUUUUAGCAGUCCUUGGUCAUUCAUCUCAGUUCUAUCCGCCUCCAUCCUCCUAGUUCUUACAAUGGUACAAAGCAUUAUGUCUGUUCUAAGUUACAAGUGCCAUUAGUGUAAGAUAAUAAUGUUGUCCAAUCUUGUUUAGCAGCUUGAUGUAUGGAAACACCAGGUCACGGUUCGACCUAAUCCAACCCCCUUCCCCUUUAAUAUAUGGAAAAACCAUAACAUAUGGAAACACAAUCUUUUAGAUUAAUGGACAACUUUCUACAACGAAAUGAGUAUAUUAUGUAUAUGUAGGAAAUAAAGAAGAGAAUUCUUCCUAA